AUGGUUUCAUCAGCGUCCACACCACCUUCAGCCGCCGCCGAUUGCCUCGCUGCCAGCAUCGCCUCCCUUUCUCAGAGGAUGGCAGAGUUGAGGCAGUACGCGGAGGAGAAGCUGGCCGCAAUGGGUCGCGCCUCUGCAUUGUCACCGAUUCGGCCGUCGGCGCCCUCCGCUUCACCCACUCCAUCGACGACCUCAACCUCGACUGCGCCGUCCGCGCCUGCAGCGUCCUCGGCCGCGCCCGUGCUCCUCUUCGGCGUACCCAUCGGAUUCACCUCCGCUGCGUCCGCUUCACCCACUCCAUCGGCGACCUCGACCCCGACUGCGCCGUCCGUGCCUGCAGCGUCCUCGGGCGCGCCCGUGCUCCUCUUCGGCAUACCCAUUGGAUUCACCUCCGCUGCGUCCGCUUCACCGACUCCACCGGCGGCCCCGACACGAGCCGUACCGUCCACCGCAGCCGCUUCCGCGGUAGCGUUGUCGCCUCCACGCGCCGCCGCGGCCAUCUUCUUCCGGCUUCCAACACCGGAUUACCUCACCGCGAAGAAGAAGAUCGCCAAGAAGUCUGUUCGGGCGCUCCUCUCCCUCGCCGUCGGCCAGGAGGCCUCGCUUUCCACCCGGGCACGCCGUACCAGCGUGUUUCCAAUCCGUACCAAGGCUGCAGGGGUCGAAUGUCCGAGCGAGAGGAAGAAGGCACCGACGACACCGCGGAGCAAGGCUGUUCGGCCCCACCGACGACCUCCACGUCGGGGACGGCCUCCACGCCUUCAGGUCCAGGGGCUGGGCAUGCGGCCUCAGCCACGAAGGCGCGCUCUACGUCACGGGAAGUGUCGUCGUCGCCGCCGCCGCCGUCUUCUUCAACUUCGCAUCUGGCACCACCUUCAGGCCCGUGUCAGCGUCACUCCCAAGCGGCGGGGUGCACGGCGCUGCAGUUCGCCAACACCAGCCCCGCCGGAGACCUUACACGCGUCCUCACCAUGUCUGGUCGUGGCCACUAAGGAGGAUGACUGCAACGAUGACCAGACUGUGGUUGCGCCCCGGCCUACACUGGUCAAAUUCCAAAGUGACGUUCCCAAGCAGGUCAAACCUUUGCAUAUCGUUCUGAUGGCCGCUACAAGUCAGUCGACAUCUGCUCCAUUGGGUGUUCAACUGGGCUUCGAUGGACUGCUGCCCAGGUAUACUCCUUUGCUGGAUGUUCUUCUAUUUGGGUGCUGCCAAAUGAACAUACACUACAAAGUUCCUUGGCCACCACCUGAUCGGACAUGGUAUGCUUACUGUCAAGUUCAGCAUUGGGGCCUGGUACAGAAAAUUGGGAUUCAUUUAUGGGAUAGUGGCAUUGCUCUGUCAUAUUUUGCUGUCGAUGCUCGUGAGACUCACAAUGUGUUUGAGAGCAAGGGAGAUGUGCAGCAGAAUCCUCCAGGGCCACCACCUAUAUGCAGCUGUCUUGCAGCUCACAGGCUUGAUAUAUUGCCACUUCCAUGGCCACCAGAUCCAUGUGAGAUGAUAGUUGACAGUGGUAUAGCAGCAUAUUCUAUCCUUGCACUGACAGAUUGCCAUUGCACGAGUGAAGCUGGAGGAGGGGUCAGUCGGAGCUUUUUGAUUCAUACAACACUGCCACCCUUGGUUCAGUCAACAUUUUUUUCGGGGAUUUUCCAACCCUUCAGGAACUCUCAACUUUCAGUAUGGGUCACUCCCAUGGCGUCAAUGGGCCAGCAGGUGUUUGAUCGUGGCAAAUACAUGGAGGCCAUUUUCAUGCAGUUACUGUUGCAGGCUAGAGCAAAUCCUAAUACUCCUGCUGAGCUGAGAAGGUUGCCAAUGGGGCUUGUUGUGCUGUGCAAGUGCAAGGAUGAAGUGGAGCUGCGGCUGCCCAAGCUAUUCGAUAAAAUGCAGCCUGAUGUGCUUGCGCUGUUGACAAUCUCUUGGCCUCCACCUACUUGGUCAGGGAGCUCAGUUCUGGGAACUAUCAAGCCAUUUCUGAAUCUACAUGAGUUUUGGCAGCAAAGACAUGUUCACUUGCAGUUUACAGGAUUGCCCUCUCUGUGUAUUUCGGAGCUAAAACCGAGGCCACCACCUACAGGCAUGAGAAAUGAGUUGCUCCAAGUUGACAGAACUUCAGUUUACAGAAGCUAUGGCAUGUUGGCUCAAAAUACAAUCAAUCAGGCAGCAAUGUUUCUAACGGGAGAUGUUGGAAAGUUGCUGGCUCAUGGCAAUGCAAAACUAGUAAUCAAGAGCAAGUGCUUGCUGAAAUUUCCGAUUGCCGAGGUGAUCAACAGGCGGUUAAUGAGUUUCAUUUGCUGGGAUCAGAGUACUGCAGUACUAUUCUGGAACAUCUGA